AUGACCUCAGCGUCUAUUAAAGCGAUGAUGGCGAAGGCAGCCACAACGUCCCCCACCUUCUUUAGCGACCGCAAUUCGGUUCAGGGACGUGAGCAACGUAAAGAGAUGAUGCAGAAGGAACGUAGAGAACGAGCAUCAACGCUAUCGCAGUGGUACGGAAUGAAGAAGGCACACGUGGGCGCUGAGGAACAGCAGGAACUUGAACUGCUGAAGUUCCGUAACUUCAUUAACCCCGAGUUGAAGCAUCAGGCACCAAAGAAGAGCAGCGGCAACGAAACAAGUGGGUUCGUGGAGUUUGGCUUCUUCGCUGGUACUGGACGCAACAAGCGACGACGCCUCAAGUCUUUCGCAGAUGAGUGGGCUGAAGAGAACCCGGAUCUACAGCAACUAGUGGCGAAGCGGCUUAAACAGAAUGUUAGACUAAAUCGCAAAACAAAGCAAAUAAUGGCAAGAAAGGCCGCAAAGGAGGCGGCACGCGCCAAGACGAAGAAAGCUUCAAAGCGGGCCAAAAAGAAUGAUUCACUUUUUUGA